CAUUUCUUCAAAAUGGGUGAUAUUGGACCCGCUGAGAGGAUUUUACUAGGCUUCAACAUAAGCUGAACGAGAUUUUUUUUCAAAAGUCCAUGAAAUAGAUUAAAUUUACAAUACUACUACUAAUAAUAAUAAUAAUUUUUAAUAAUUGUGUAGGAUUUUUUUUUUCCAAUGUAAAUUAAUAAGAAAUUGUCACAUAGUAUUGUACUGAGGCAAAUGGUUUGUCAAUUUAUUUGUAUAUUUCAGGAGCAAAUCUGAAAAGGAAGGUGUAGGAAAUGCAGGAACACAGGAAGUGAUGCUGUGAAAGCAUCUAUCCAUUUCAAGCUUUCACAGCAUCACUUCCUGAGAACUGAAAGAGUGGGAGUUGACAUGAGAAGGGAAGAAGCCGAGAAAAGAAAACAGGACGAGGAACAAAGACAGGAGAGGGAAGAAAGAAAAGAAGAAAGAAGACAACAGCAUGAAGCGAGAAGGCGAGAGAGGGAGGAAAAAGAGAAAGAAAUAAGGAGGCGCAAUGAUGAAAAAAAGAUGUGAGAAAGAGGAAGGAGAAGUGGAGAGGACGAGAAAAGAGGAUGCAGAUAGAGCCAGGAGGGUUCAGAAAAGAUGAUCUCCAUCGUCUGAAAAGCGUACUCGACGUUCCAGCUAUCAUUAGAUGCAAAAAUGGAUCGAGAGUUGAUGGUUUGGAGGCCCUCUGCAUUUUGCUAGCUCGUUUCGUCUACCCUUGCAGAUAUGGAGACUUGGUGCAGAUGUUUGCACGAGAUGUACCACUCUUGUGUGUGAUCACAAUGCACAUGAUGGAUCACAUCUACAACAAUUUCAGUCACUUACUGACAACAAUGGACCAACCAUGGCUGUCAUCCGAGAAUCUGCUCAAAUAUGCCACAGCAGUGCACGAGAAAGGAGGAGCGCUUCAGAACUGUUGGGGAUUUGUAGAUGGGAUUGUGCGUCCCAUCUGCCGUCCCAAGAUCAAUCAGAGAAUAAUGUACAAUGGGCACAAAAGAAUACAUGCCCUUAAAUAUCAGUCUGUGACUGCGGCUAAUGGAAUGAUAGCCAAUUUGUUUGGGCCUAUUGAGGGUAGAAGACACGACAGCUUCAUGCUUCGUGAAUCUGGUCUGUUGACAGAACUGGAACAGCGGUCCUAUUAUCCUCAUGGCAAUGUCCUCUGUGUAUAUGGGGACCCUGCAUAUCCCUUGAGGGAACACCUGCAAUGCCCAUUCAAAGGAGCAAAUGUAACUGCUGAGCAGGAAGCGUACAACAGAUCUAUGAGCACUGUGAGAGUGAGUGUUGAGUGGCUGUUUGGCGACAUAGUCAACAAUUUCAAAUACAUUGACUUCAAGAAAAACCAAAAGGUUUGCCUCUCAGCUUGUGGAAAAAUGUACUUGGUUUCGGGAUUGUUAACCAAUGCCCAUGUUUGCCUGUAUGGCAAUUCAACUUCCCGCUUCUUUCAACUUGACCCUCCAACAUUGGAGCAGCACUUUUCCUAAGUCCUCGGUAAAAUGCCAAUGAGUAUUAUUUACAUUAAUUUAUCCUGUAGAACUCAAUGGCAUUGCAAUUAUGUUGCAUGUCAGCUACAUAUGCUAAUAUUUCUUGGUAAUAGAUGUACAUACCAUUGUUCUUCAUGUCCGUGAGCAUGAACAAAUAAACGAAAUAACCUGGUAUCAAUUACUUCUUGAUCUAUUUAUUCAUAAAUAUCAAUUAAAAACUGUUCACAUGUUAAAUGUUGAAAAUACUUUAUUUAUACAACUACUAAAUAACUGUAAAAUAUUUAUGUAAUACUAACAGUUCCUCUUGAUUCUCUAAAAUGAACAACA